UCUACCUCUCUGUCUCUCUGUCUGUCUAACCUGUUUGUCUGUCUUUCCCUGUCUGGCUGUAGGUUCUCGGGGGUUCCGCCCAGUAACCUAGGCAACAAUACCAAGUUGGUGGAUUGGAUGCCUCAAAACGACCUGUUGGGCCAUGCCAGAACGGUAGCGUUCCUGUCCCACGGCGGUCUGAACAGUAUCUAUGAAGCGAUGUACCACGGUGUUCCUGUAGUGGGUCUCCCUCUGUUUGGGGACCACUACGACACUAUGACCCGUGUGGAGGCUAAAGGGAUGGGCAUCAUGGUUCACUGGAAGAGUGUGACUGAAGAGGAGCUGUACCAGGCACUGGAUACUGUUAUCAACAAUAACAGGUAUCGUCAGCGUGCCCAGGUCCUCUCUUCCAUCCAUAAGGACCAACCAGGUCACCCGGUAACGAGAGCAGUCUAUUGGAUAAACUACAUCCUCCGUCACCAUGGCGCCAGCCACUUACGAUCAUCUGUCUACACCGUCCCCACCUACCAGUACUUCCUAUUGGACGUUGUGUUGGUCGUAGGGGCGGGGCUGGCCCUGAUUGGCUACCUGUUUUACCGGAUAGCAGGGCUGCUAAGGUCAAAGGUUAAGGUUCAGGAGCAAGGGGGAGAGGUUACCCACGGCGACGGCGGCGACGACAAGGCAAACGGACAUUGCCAUAGCAACGGAGCGGUCGCUAACGGGAAGCACAAACGUAACGGAUCGCCGGUGAAGAACGACAAGAAGAUGAAGUGAAAAGGGGGCGGAGAAAGACGCCCUUCUGGACUCUGUUCUGGGGUCGGAGUUCAGAGAGGAAGGAGGUUUUAGGGUUUAGGGGAGGACAGUCCUCGUUCUGGGAGACUGCAGACAGACGGGGAUGAGAUGUCUGGGACGGAGGGUUCACAACCAAUGCUUACAACAACAACCAAGGAGCUGGAAAGUCCAACAGUCUCUCCCCUUUCUCUCCCCCUCUCCUCUCUCCCCUC